AUGGAGCUGCUGAAUGUCGAGGAGGGCCUGGUGCCCGAGCUGCUGCAGGCCUCCAGUGGCAACGCGGCGGGCGGCCGCGCAGGCGAGGGCGGCGGCGGGGCGCCUCCCGGCCUCCGGGCCGGCAGCACGGCGCUGGUGCCCGCAGGCAGAGCGCCUGCGACGGCCCUGCCCGCCGCGGCGGCCGGGCACCUGGGCGCCCAACCGGCCACUGGCGCGGCGCUGGCGCAGCAGCUGCGGGGGCGGACGCAGAUCUGUUUCAACUUCACCAGCGGGCGCUGCUUCAGGGCCGACUGCAGGUUCCUGCACGUCGGCCCCGGCGCGCGCAUGGCGCCGCAGGCCCCGCCGCCAUUUCCGGGCAUGCCGACGCGCUGA